AUGAUCAAGAAGAGGAUUAGUAAAGAUUAAAAUAAUUGCUAAAAAUACAAAAAUUCUAAUAAAUCUAGAAAAUAUUGGACUGAGGAGGAAGAUAAUAUUUUAAAAUCAACAGUUUAGUUGCAUGGAUCAGAUUGGAAGUUGAUUGCUGAGUAUUUGGAUGGGCGAAAUGCCAGUUAAUGUGCUUAGAGAUGGAAAAGAGUCAAGCCUGACGAUGUAAUUUUGAAUUUCUACGAUUGUUAGGGAGAAAAAAAUCAAAAAUGGACACCUGAAGAAGAUGAAGAAGUUAAGAGGUUAACGAAAGAAUAUAGGUUUGAUUGGAAGGUGAUUGCUCGUUUUCUCUCAAAUAGAACUGGAAGGCAAAUUAGAGAACGCUAUAUAAAUCAUCUUGACCCACAUAUAAACACCAAGGCAUGGAGUUAAUAAGAAGAUUUAAAAAUAUGGACCUUAUACAAAAAGAUAGGAUCCAGAUGGUCUGAGAUGGCAAAGAAACUAAGAGGAAGGCCAGAGAACAUGAUUAAGAAUAGAUUUUAUGGAUAUAUAAGAAAGAAUUAUGCCAAGCAAGAAAAUCCUUAUUAUAUAGUACCAAAUCAAAGGAGACAACUCACUAAAGAGGAUGAUCAAGUUGAACUUUUACAAAAUCAAAAUACUCUUGAAACAGGUAUUGAAGAUAUUGAACCACAAAUCAUCGAACAAAUUUAAUAAAAUAAAUCAAUAUAAUAAUAGGAGGAAUAAUCUUAAUCCGGCAUGCAUUCCAUAUUGCAAUCACUAUAAUCUGAUAAGCCCAACUUCAGUGUGAUUAGCAAUCUUCACGAUGCCCAAUAGUUAGAACAAUUUCAUAAAAUGUUCAUAGAAUCAUCAGAAAAUGAGUUUGCAAAACUUGAUCAUCUUCCUGCUCAUUUUUCAUCGAUUGAAAGCCAUAUUCACAGUUAAGCUAAUAGUCAUAACUAAUUUAAUUACACUCCUCGAAGAGACGAGGAGAAUGAUAAUUUCCUAAAUCAAUUUUUAUAAGUUGACGGUUCCUGUAUGCCUGUUGCAAUGAGAGCCGAUAUAUUUGAAGAGUUUUCAAAAUUCUCCUAAUUGGAGUAUUGA